GGGAGCGGGAACCGGGCGGCCAUGGCGGGCGCGGGGCGGCGCGGGGAGCGGGGCUCGGCCGUGCUGGAGCUGCCCCGCAGCCCGCGGAUGGUCUGCGUGGAGUACCCGGGGCUGGUGCGGGACGUGGGGGCCAUGCUGCGGACGCUGGGAGGAGAGCAAGGGGUGUCGCGGAUCUAUGCGGACCCUGCCAAAAGGCUGGAGCUGUAUUUUCGCCCCAAGGACCCUUAUUGCCAUCCCGUGUGCGCCAACCGCUUCCCCACCUCCACCGUGCUGCUCAAGGUGAAGAGGAGGACCAAGAAGAAGCAGCAGCAGCAGCACAGGUCGGACACCGAAGGACAAAUCCAGCCAGAAGUCCAGUUUGAAAUGGAAAUUCUUGGGACUGUCACCACUGUUUACAAAUUUCAAGGAAUGUCUGAUUUCCAGUACCUGGCAAUGCACUCUGGUCCUGAUGGCAAACAAACCUCCAUGUAUGACAAAGUCCUAAUGCUCAAGCCAGAGAAGGAAGAAUUCUUCAAUAGAGAAUUACCUCUCUACAUCCCACCACCAAUUUUCUCACGUCUGGACACUCCUGUUGACUAUUUUUAUCGGCCAGAUAUACAGCACAGGGAGGGAUACAACAACCCCCAGGUGUCUGGUGAGAACCUGAUAGGCCUCAGCAGGGCCCGGCGCCCACACAACGCCAUUUUUGUCAACUUUGAUGAUGAAGAAAUCCCCACUAAACCCUUGGAUGCUGCUGUACAGACCUGGAAGAAAGUGUGCAGCAAUCCUGUAGAUAAAAAGGUGGAGGAAGAGCUGAGAAAGCUCUUUGAAGUCCGUCCCAUCUGGUCUCGGAACGCAGUAAAAGCCAGUAUCAGUGUCCACCCAGACAAGCUGAAGCUCCUGUUGCCGUAUCUAGCCUAUUACAUGUUAACAGGUCCUUGGAGAAGCUUGUGGGUUAGAUUUGGGUAUGAUCCCAGAAAACACCCUGAAGCAAAGAUUUACCAAGUACUGGACUUCCGAAUCCGCUGUGGAAUGAAAUAUGGUUAUGCCCCUAACGAUAUGCCUGUGAAAGCCAAACGAAGCACGUACAACUACAGCCUGCCCAUCACUGUCAAGAAGCCAGUAAGUCAUACAGUCAGUGUACAUGAUCUGAAACAGGGGCUUGGUACAUCCAGUGCAUCUGGUGGGAAGAAGCCUGCCUGCAGCAGGUAUAAGCUGAAGGAAUCCGUCUACGUUUUCCGAGAAGGAGCCCUACCCCCUUAUCGGCAGAUGUUCUACCAGCUCUGUGACCUGAAUGUGGAAAGCCUACAGAAGAUCAUCCAUCGGAACGACGGCGCAGAGUCGGAGUGCACGGAGCGGGACGGGUGGUGCCUUCCAAAGACCAGCGAUGAUCUGCGAGACUCCAUGUCUCUGAUGAUAAAGCAGAUAAUCAGAUCCACGAGACCUGCUCUUUUCUCAAGUACAACAAGCAGUCAGGAUGGAAAAGAGCAGCUGGCUUAUGAGUCUGGAGAGGAUGAAGAUGAUGAAGAGGAGGAGGAAGAGGACUUCAAGCCUUCUGAUGGGAGUGAAAAUGAAAUGGAGACAGAAAUUCUGGACUAUGUGUGAACUCAGCGAGCAGUCUGGCUGCUGUUGGAUGGAAUCAUCUCUGCUCUUGUUCCGUGAGAACUGAGGGGUCAGCAACCAUGCCUAGGGUGUAGGAAACCAGAACUUAAGUACUAAGAUGAUGACAACCUGUCUGCACUGACUGCUGUACCUGCUGAUGGGCAUUGGUCUGGAUGUUUGAGAGCCACUGCCUACGUUUUCAUAACUGAUGGCUAAUAAGCCCUCAAACAACCUCAACGAACUUCCAAGAGCAAGCCCAGAAUCCAAACCAGCUGGCAAUAUGCCAGAAAAGAGGAGAAGCUACAUUCCCAGAUCUCUCCGUGCGUGGGAGGUGCACCUUGGCCAGGUUGGUGGCCAUGUGGAAAACAGAAAAGGUGGCUGGGGAAAGCAGUCCAGGGCUGCUGUAGAACCUCAGGCAGGUGCUGCCCUUUUCUUUCGCUGAGAAGCAUGAAAAUAGUGUGUCAUGACUUCAGCUUCAAGCCUUGCUGGGUGGAAAUAAAGCUAGCAGGAAAACACA